AUGGAGUCAGGGUCAAGAGCUUUGUACGGUUCUAGUUCGACCUUGCAAUGGAUCAAAAUGAAGAAUCUCGGUGCCGGAAGCAAUGGGGUUGUCGAAUUAGUGGAGAUGAUAAACCCUGCUCAUAUGUUAGUCGCCGUUAAAACAUCGCCGUUGUCGGUUUCUUCGCUUGAAAGGGAAUACAGGAUCCUCGAAAUUUUUUUUGACUGCCCGUAUGUCGUUCAAUGCUACGUUCAAUUUCCGGCUUUCGGACGUGACAACUUGAUCCUCGAGUACGCCCAAGGCGGCGAUCUCUUCGAUUUGAUCGAGAAAUACGGCGGUCGAAUACCAGAAUCCGACGUACGGUGCUACACGAAGAUGAUACUCCAAGGACUUAGUUUUGUUCAUAGGAGAGGCUACGUGCAUUGUGAUAUCAAGCCGGAAAAUAUACUCGUUUUUCCUUAUCAAUUCGGUAAUCGUUAUAAUUUGAAGUUAGCUGAUUUCGGCUUGGCCAAGGAACCCGGCGAUGAUACGUGGCUGACUCUAGAGCGUUUCAGAGGUACUCCGGCUUACAUGUCGCCGGAAUCGGUAAAGAAUAGGGAAAUAACGGCUGCUUUGGAUAUAUGGUCGUUGGGGUGCGUUGUGGUUGAGAUGAUCACCGGAGAGAGACCGUGGGAGUCGUCGGUCGACAUCAACGAUUUGGACAGCUUGGCAACGAGGAUCGCUUGGUCGAGGGAUAUACCGGAUAUACCCCGGAAUAUGUCGCCGGACGGGAGAGAUUUUUUGAUGAAGUGCUUUGCUAGGGAUCUUCGUGAGCGUUGGACUGCUGACAGACUAAUGACCCAUCCUUUUCUCACAUUUGAUAAUAAGCGAUCUAUAUGUAAGAGAUAUGAACUCUUUUAA